CAACUUAUCACUAUCAUCUACAGAAAAUUUGAAUAGAAAAUUAUUCCUGGCAUGAAGCUUGUGAUGAAAACUUCCAUAACCUGCUUUUAUUUUUGGUAUAUAAAUAGUAUAUUAUAUAGUUAUACAUAUGAGAUCGAGUGGUUGCAAACUGGGAGAAUCCUCAAGGAGGCCUAGUGAUGAGAGCACGGCGAGCCUGAACAUACCACAGCAUAGGCAAGAUACCCCUCAGAUAACUACAAUUUCCAGGACGAAAUCGAACUCACUGACCAACAUUAAAUUCUUCAAAGUAGAUCACGACUGCUAUCUCAACGGCAUCGAGGAGAGUCCCAGGGAGGUCAACCACUCCAUCAGUUUUAGGAGAGGGUCCCCCCAAACCGACCAGCAGAAACCCGGAAACUUCCCCACGGCAAAAGAUGCCUUUGGACCACAACUUAGCACCGAAGCCUACUCCACUAUUCCGGGUACGCCACUACCUUCUCUGGUCCAGGAGCCAGAUUUUCCUACCGAGACUGUUCCGGAGACGCCACCCAAGACCCACCCAGAGAAAGAAGAGGAAUUGGACCCCGAGAGUUUGUACUUUCGAGAUGGUAAAAGGAAGAUAGACAUGAUAUUGGUGUUUGAAGAAGAGGAAUUGGGCGUUAUGACCGAAGCUGAGGCCAGGCGAAGGGAUUAUAGAAGAGUGUUCCAGGAAAACUUGGUAAGAGAAGGAUUGGAGUUGGAGCUGGAGCACAAAGACACCUCCUUUGACGGCAAGACGUGGUUCUUGAAGAUACACCUGCCAUGGAAGACCAAGACGCGUUACGCGGAGGUCAUGAGCCUCAAGCUUCCGAUAAAGCGGUUCAUCACAAUAUCAGUCAAGGCCUGGGACGACGAGAAGAAGGAGAAGGAAAAGCCGUCCCUUUGGAUCAAACUGCAGAAACUCUGGGAGGUUUUCUUCCAGUACAACACCGACCUCGUGGAGGAAGAUCCCUCCUUUCACGCGGCAACGCAAGGAGCGGACCGGGAAGAGCAAUUCAUAGUGAAGGAUAGGGUGACGGAAUUCGCAAGCUCCCAGAGGAGCAUGAUAGUAAUGCAGAUCCUUCUCAGAGUUCGCUACGACGAUGCAUCCGAUAAGGUGGGAAUAAGGAGACUGCUCAAUGAUAACACGUACCUUGCGAGUUUUCCCUUGCACGAAGGUAAGUUUGAUAAGGAGAGCAGCAACGGAAAGCCCUUAGAUCGGAGGUUGCUGUAUCUGGAAUGGGCACGGCCUGCUAAAUGGAUGAAAAGACAACCUCUUGGUCUCAUCCGAAAGUACUUCGGCGACAAAAUCGGCCUUUACUUUUGUUGGUUGGGCUUCUACACCAAGAUGCUUUACGCUCCUGCCAUUGUCGGUUUCAUAUGUUUUAUGUAUGGCUUGAUGACGAUCGACAGUCCGGACAACAUUCCCACAAAAGAGAUCUGCGAUAGAAACGGUCCUGGAAACAUUACCCUAUGCCCUCUUUGCGACCGUGCCUGCAAGUACCAAAAGCUUUUAGACAGCUGUAAGUUUGCCCGGUUGACGUAUCUCUUUGACAAUCCGGCAACGGUGUUCUUCGCCAUCUUUAUGAGUCUUUGGGCUACUGUCUUUCUGGAGAUGUGGAGGCGGAAACAAAAGAUGAUACAGUGGGAGUGGGAUCUACAAGGGACGGAGCAGGACGAAGAACCGAGACCUGAAUUCGAGGCCAGCGUCAAGACCUUCCGAACUAAUCCGGUGACAAGAGAGAAGGAGCCAUAUCUAUCCACCAAGUCUAAAUCUUUGAGGUACUUCAUAACUGGGUCAGCCAUUGCACUAAUGCUGUUGGUGGUACUAUGCGCAGUCUUGGGCACCAUCAUCUAUAGGCUAUCCAUCGUAUCAGUUAUUUACGGCAGCGGGGGAUACUUCCUGAAGAAACAUGCCAAAAUAGUGACGUCCGUCUCCGCUGCAGUCAUCAAUCUCAUAAUUAUCAUGUGCCUGACUAAGUUUUACCACAGGCUCGCCAUUUACCUGACCAACCUGGAGAAUCCGAGAACCCACACGGAAUACGAGGAUUCCUAUACCUUCAAGAUCUUCAUGUUCGAGUUCCUCAACUUUUAUUCGUCCCUAAUAUACAUUGCUUUUUUCAAGGGAAGGUUUUUCGACUACCCCGGUGACAUUGUAGUUAGAAAGUCGGAGUUUCUUAGGGUGAAGGGUGACGUCUGUGACCCUGCCGGAUGCCUCAGCGAGCUUUGCAUCCAACUGGCCAUCAUUAUGGUUGGAAAGCAGAUAUUCAAUAAUUUCGUAGAGCUGUUCAACCCAUUCAUGAACAAUUGGUGGAGGGGUCGAUCCCACAGGUCAGCGACCAAAGACCUGACGAGGAAGCACACGAGGUGGGAGGAGGAUUACCACCUUCAAGACCCAGGAAGGUUGGCUCUGUUCGACGAAUACUUAGAGAUGAUCCUCCAGUACGGCUUCGUCACCCUCUUCGUGGCAGCGUUCCCAUUGGCACCGCUCUGUGCUCUUUUGAACAACAUUGCAGAAAUUCGUCUGGACGCCUACAAGAUGGUCACGCAAGCCAGACGUCCUUUAGCGGAGAGAGCCGAAGACAUCGGAGCCUGGGAGGGUAUACUGAGGGCCAUAACGUACGCUGCAGUUGUGUCUAAUGCUUUCGUGAUCGCCUACACCAGCGAUUUCAUACCCAGGAUGGUCUACAAGUACAAAUAUUCAAAAUCAUUCGAUCUUAACGGUUACAUUGAUGCUUCCUUAUCAGAAUUCAACACCUCUGAUUACGCCGAGGGCAUGGGUGGUGACAGUGAGGGGAAACCACCCCCAGAAACAUGUCAAUACAGAGGUUACAGGAACGGGCCGGAUCAGCCAAACCCUUACGACCUGAGCCCCCAAUACUGGCACGUGUUUGCAGCUCGAUUGGCUUUUGUGGUUAUAUUCGAGCACAUAGUGUUCGCACUUGUAGGCGUGAUGCAGUAUGUCAUACCGGACGUUCCUUCUGAGCUCAAAACCCAGAUCCAGAGGGAGGCACUUCUGGCCAAGGAGGCCAAAUAUGAACAUGGUCUCAAGAGGCAAGAUAGUGAUUAUGACGAGAUUCUCCAUGCUAUAAGGGAGAACAACAACUCUUCAAGAAACGGUGCAAAAGAUGUCAGAGUUUCAGGAGUUCGGGGAUCUUGGGCCAGAAGGCUAAGUAGGAUAUCAGACGGUCUAGACGCCCAUGUCGAAGUGACCAGUAGAACUAAGAAAAAUUCUGUGUCCUCAACAGUUUGGGAAGUGACGUGAUCAAAGGUAACGCGAUCGCGUUUGUGUGUAUGUGUGAGUGAUGUCCGUAUUCAAAAUAUAAUCGUCUUUUACUGUACAUACUAUUCUAUCAAGAACUAAAGAUUGAACAAGUGUAUAAUCCUGAUUAAGAUUUAUUUGCAUUCAUCAUUAUGUAAUAAAGCUUGAGUUGCC